UUUAAGAAGAAAAUGAGUCUCGAUACAACACUAUCGUUUUGCAUUUACUUGGUAUGUUUGGGACAGUCGCUACAAUUCAGUUGCUCUUCAGAGCCAAAAUGCAAAUGUUAUUACGAUAGAGGGAUGCUGAGCGUGGACUGUAGCUCGCUAAACCUGGCUCACUCUCCAAAAUUUCAUCAGAAUGUUAGAUGCAUUUAUCUUAACAACAAUGGUCUUACGGAAAUACCUACUGACAUGCCACAAGAGAUCGUGCGCCUAGAUAUAAGCGAAAACAAUAUCCGAAAUCCAGAAAAGGCAGUUCUUACAAGAUACAAGCAUUUGCAAUGGUUAAAUGUUGAACGAAAUUGUUUAUGGCAAAAAUAUAAGGAAUGGCCGUCACGCUUUUUCGAGAACCUGACAAAACUUGAUACUCUGCUCAUGAAGGAUAAUUGUUCAGAAAUAUCUGAUAAUACGAUCAAGGAGAUGAAGUACUCCAAAGAAUGCUUUUACGGACUUUUGUCAUUAAGCCAUAUCGAACUGAAUGGAUUAGGUGGCCAUAACUUUGAGGAAGCAUUUGAAGCAAGUAAUUCCAUUCAAGUUCUUGUAUUUACGUAUAAUGGUGGUCAAUGUGUUCUGAAUAGUAUCGAGAGUGAUACAUUCAUGGUUUUCCAACGUUUGAAAAAUCUAACAUUAUUUAACUGUAAUAUCAUGCACAUAGAGAGUGGAGCUUUUGCACACUUCAAUGAUCUCGUAUUUCUGGAUAUUUCAGAAAACCAAGACCUUACGCUAUCUGUAUUAACCAAUAUCACUUAUGAUUUGCAAUAUUCAACAAUCCAGACUCUCAUCGCAAAUAGUCUUCAUUGUAAACUCGGACUUUCUCUGGUAUUAGGAAUAAACCAUAUAAAAUAUCUUAGAAAUACUUCUUUGAAAGAAUUGUCCUUGGCAGAGAACAGAAUAGGCAUCAUUGAGCAUCUACUUACUAACUACCUUCCCAAGUCUUUAAAAUAUAUAAAUAUUGACGAUAACCCGCUUAUAUUCGGGAUCUAUGUGCUAGAAAGCGACUUUCUUUCAAAUCUAGAAAGAUUAAGCAUUGAUCAUACUGAAAGAGCUAAAAAGCUUAGAAUAGGUUGUAAUUAUAACUCUAACAGUUGUGACAAGGCUCAAAUGGCUCGAAUGGAAAAUAUUUAUAGAGGAGGGGAAACAACUUUAUUUAUUGUUCUGGUGGAGAAAGAUCUUGGAGCUUUUUUCCCUCAAUUUCUAAAGGAUGUGAUGAGAGAACAAACCUAUCUUGAUUAUGAUAAAGAAAUUCCAGAGGAGUUCUGGAAUGCUAUGACUCAGGCAUUAAGAGAAAUGUAA